AUGGAGAAUAAAAACAAUGUAACUGAAUUCAUUCUGCUGGGCCUCACACAAAGUCCAGAGCUUCGGAAAAUAUUUUUUGUUAUUUUUUUAAUUGUAUACAUUAUCACAAUUAUAGGAAAUAUACUAGUUGUCAUCACCAUGACUGUCAGCCAAAGUUUGAAAUCACCCAUGUACUUUUUUCUAACCUUCCUAUCCAUCAUGGAAGCUACCUACUCUUCAGUCAUUGUUCUUAAGAUGGUAAUAGAUUUGCUCUAUCGUUACUCGACCAUCUCCUUGGAAGGUUGUAUGACUCAGAUCUUUGGAGAGCAUUUUUUUGGUGGUGUAGGAAUCAUCCUCCUUGUGGUCAUGGCUUAUGAUCGCUAUGUGGCCAUCUGUAAACCCCUCCACUACAUGACCAUCAUGAAUCCUCGGGUGUGCCAACUUCUGGUGACAGCAGCCUGGAUAGGGGGCUCUUUACAUGCCACCAUACAACUUCUCUUCAUUUUCAAUCUUCCCUUCUGUGGCCCAAAUGUUAUUGACCACUUCAUUUGUGACUUGUUCCCAUUGCUGAAACUGGUCUGCAUGGACACCCAAGUCCUUGGCCUUUUAGUCAUUGCUAACAGUGGAGUAAUGUGUCUGUCAAUCUUUCUCAUACUAAUUGUCUCCUAUGCUAUUAUCCUCUCUUCUCUGAAAGGCGGUAGUUCAGAAGGAAGGAGAAAGGCCCUUUCUACCUGUACUUCUCACUUCACAGUGGUGGUCUUGUUUUUUGUUCCCUGUAUAUUCUUAUAUGUGAGACCAGUAACCUCAUUUCCUAUAGAUAAAGCUGUUUCUGCAUGUUCUAUUUUGUUUACUCCCAUGUUAAACCCUGUGAUCUACACACUUAGGAAUUCAGAGGUUAAAAAUGCCAUGAGGAAACUCUGGCUUACAAAAGUGACUUUGCUUUUUCAAUAA